AUGGAACGAGCAGGAAGGUCAUAUAGCCAUAUAGCGAGGGGAUAUCAAUCAGAUGGAGCAAGUAACCUAGGCUUGGACCAAUCGAGUGAGGAUAUUGAAUCAGAUGAUGAUACCCCCUCCGAAUUAGAGGUGGAUGAUGGUAGAUGCCCAGUGAUUCUUCUAUCCAAGGAUGAAAAGAAGAGACUGCGAGCACCAUGGAGGAAUUCCUUGAUUAUAAAGUUGUUCGACAAGCGACUAAGCUACGCAGUGCUUAUGCGACGAUUGAAACUAAUGUGGAGUCUCAAGGGGGAGAUAGCCCUAACUGACGUAGGGUGCGCAUACUACGUAGUUCGCUUCACAUCAAGGGAAGAUUAUAACUUUGUAAUGACUCAAGGUCCAUGGAUGAUAGGAGAGAGCUACCUUACGAUAAGGAAAUGGAUCCCGAAUUUCGUACCGGACGAAGAACCAAUUAAGUUCUUGACGGCGUGGAUUCGUAUCCCUAACCUAUUUGUGGAAUACUUUGAUCGAGGUUUCCUAUAUCGAAUAGGCGAGAAAAUUGGACGAGUGGUUAGGAUUGAUAAAAAUACGGAAUCAAUGGAUAGGGGUCAAUAUGUGAGAUUCUGCAUUGAAGUAGACUUGUCAAAGCCACUCCUUUCGAAAUUUCGUCUAAAUGGUAGGGUGUGGCGAAUUCAGUAUGAGGGACUUAGGCAAAUAUGCUUCAAGUGCGGGCACCUGGGCCAUAAAGAUGCGGAAUGCCCUAAAUUUGAAGCAAGCCUAACGACAACGGAUGUGGGGGUAGGAGGGGAACUGGUAGAAAGACCAAGAGAAGCCGAAAAGAAAGCACAGAAACCGGAAGAACAUGACUCCUAUGGUGCUUGGAUGUUGGUCCAAAGAGCUCCACGACGUACCAAUACUCGGACUAGAUCAAUUCAAGGGAGAAACACGGAUCAAAGAGAGUCAGGUUCGAAGGCGGCGACGUCGAAGGUCCAACAACAGCCAAACCAAUUGACUAGACCCCAGGCAGUAGGGAAGGAACCACUGAAGGAUUUAAAUUUGGAAGGAUCGAGGUUUGCGGUGUUGGGUGAAGAGUGUAGGGAACCAGAAAAGGAACUGAAUCUUGUGGCACAAGAGGAGGUGAAGAGAUCGAGCGAUAAUAGGGAAAGAAAUCAACCUAUAGAGAUCCCAAGCAGACAAAAAUCCCAACCGGAGGAAGUGGACCUACAGGGUGAGAAUAGUUCUUUGGAAGGAAACAUAAUUAAGGAAAGGCAAAAUUGUUAG